CAAAAGGUGCGCAUCCACACUCCCUGCGCCCGUUAGUUCCUCUUUCUUAUUUUUUUGUUAAUUCGAUUUCCCACCGAUUCGAUUCGUUCUCUUCGGUCCCCCUGCUUAAAAUACACACCCAACGUCACAGUGCGCUUCCUUCUCUUCCUCUUCCAAACCACCGCCUUUUGCUAUCCAAUAGGCAGCGUUUCUACUCUCUCUUCUUCCAGUCUCAAGCUGUUGGCUCCGAGAUCGCGUUUGAAGUCGGGCUCAGAAAGAGAAGAAAAAAAUUCGUUGUUUUUGAAAGUGGAGUUUAGUUUUUGUUUCUUUGUAGUGAAGCAAAGUUCUGGAGGAUUUGGUGGUUCUGUUGAUGGUCCGUUUGGAUUUUGGAGGAGGAACGCGUGCUUACUUCCGUACGUUCGUACGUACCUGUGACUUGAAACUUGAAGACUGCGAAAGAGAUUCACAGGGAUUGCCGUUCAGUCGGGUUUCCAUUUCCUUUGAUACGCAAGGUAGAGAGAGAGAGCCAACGAAGUGUGCGCGUGAGUAGGUGCGAGUUUGUGAACACGUGAAAGAAUGCCUCACAAAACGACUUACUUCUUCCCCAGGCAAUUCCCGGACCGGAGUUUCGAGCCGUUUUCGUCCGAGCAACUAUUGGAUCACGAGCAGAAGAAGAAAGUCACCGGCUCCGCAUGUACAAGCAAAGAAACCUUUAACAUCGAAAGCGACCCAAAGUCAUCUAAGGGCGGGUCGUUCACGAUCGCCAAGAAGGACAUCUCAGCUGUAUCCGAUCUUUUCACGCGCGGCGAAAGGUUCCAAACCAAGAAGCAGCAAUUUGCGGCCUUUUGUGACUGGUUGGUUGAGAGAAAGGAGGAGCAGUACUCUCAUGUGAAGUCGUCGUCGAGGGCUUUGAGGUUGUCACGUGACGAGGAGGACCGAGAGCUUUUGCUUCCCCAUGACACGGAGCCCGUGAAGGAUCGGGCUAUUGACAGGAAUUUCGAUCGCCAGGUCUCACUGCCGAGGCUCUCCAGUGUGGGUAGCAGCUAUGCAGGGAGUUUGUUUUCCGGGACGACGACGUUGGAUGGCAAUUUUUCCAGCAAUAACGUUAAGGACUCGACCACGACUACGAGGCAAGAGGAGGAGGAGGAGGUGGUGGUGGUGGUGGAGACACGUGGGGAUAGCUUGGCGAGGAGGGUGAGGGAGAGUCACUAUCUGCAGCUUACUCUUGCUAGGAGGCUUGCUUCUCAAGCCAGUCUCACUUGUGAGCCCUUGCUUAUGGUUGAGGGUGGACCGGUGCUGGCUUCGGAUGCGGAAACUGUUUCAUAUCGUCUCUGGGUUAGUGGUUGCUUGUCUUACACUGACAAGAUAUCAGACGGUUUCUAUAACAUAUUGGGAAUGAAUCCGUAUCUGUGGCUGAUGUGUAAUGAUGUGGAGGAAGGUAGGCGGCUGCCACCAUUGAUGUCGCUUAAAGCAAUUGACCCCAGUGAAACUUCUAUGGAGGUGGUGCUUGUUGAUAGACGUGGAGACUCUCGCCUUAAGGAACUUGAAGAUAAAGCUCAAGAAUUGUAUUGUGCUUCAGAGAAUACCUUAAUGUUGGUGGAGAAGCUAGGCAAACUUGUUGCUAUCUACAUGGGGGGCACUUUUCCAGUGGAGCAAGGAGAUAUCCACAUGCGCUGGAAAUUAGUUAGCGAGAGAUUGAGGGAAUUUCAGCAAUGCAUUGUGCUCCCUAUUGGCAGUCUUUCUAUCGGACUUUGCAGGCAUCGUGCCAUUCUUUUCAAGAAAUUGGCAGACUACAUAGGUUUGCCAUGCCGCAUAGCUCGAGGUUGCAAGUACUGUGCAGCUGAUCAUCGCUCUUCUUGCCUUGUCAAAGUAGAGGACAACAAACAGUCCUCAAGGGAGUAUGUAGUUGAUCUAGUUGGGCAACCAGGAAAUGUUCAUGGUCCAGAUUCCUCAAUCAAUGGAGGAUCACUUUGUUCAAUGCCUUCACCAUUUCAAAGUUCUCAUCUAAAAGAAUCCCAUCAACCUUACAUGGAUAGUGCAUCAUCUUGUCAAAUUAUGAAUUCAGAUCACAUGCGUGCUCCUCCCAUAAAUCCUCUGUUUUCAGGUUUUGGGGAAGAAGGCCCACAAAUGAUGGAAUCAUCUCUAACACCUGUUGAGUUGGAAGGGAAUGCUGCUGAAGGUUGCAUACUUCGGAGUCCCAUUUUACCAUUUUGCCAGGGAAAUGUUUCAAAAUCUCAGGAUUCUGUUCCUGAGGCAUUGCUACACGAAUAUUCCAGGCUUGGUGAAGACAAAGUGGUCCUACAAUCAAUUUGCAAAGAAGAUAUUUUUGAAUCUGGAAAUCCAGUCAUAGGGAACAGCACCAACCAACCUAUGAUUAGCUUAUCAAACCAGUUGGUUAUGAAGGAGGUCGAUAGUAGACUUGAAAGUCGAGGGAGAUUCCCUGCUGUAACCAUCCCAGAAUACUUGAAUCUCGAACCGUCUCUUGCAAUGGACUGGCUUGAGAUAUCAUGGGAUGAGUUGCAUAUUAAGGAGCGUGUUGGCGCUGGGUCAUUCGGGACCGUGCAUCGUGCUGAAUGGCAUGGAUCGGAUGUAGCAGUCAAGGUUCUUACCAUGCAGGAUUUUGAAGAUGAUCAAUUGAAGGAGUUUCUAAGAGAGGUGGCAAUAAUGAAACGUGUAAGGCAUCCAAAUGUGGUUCUCUUCAUGGGUGCAGUGACAAAGCGUCCACAUCUGUCAAUAGUAACAGAAUAUCUGCCUAGGGGUAGUCUAUACCGCCUCAUACACAGGCCAGCUUCUGGUGAACUAACCGAUAAAAGGAGGAGGUUGCGCAUGGCAUUGGAUGUGGCCAAGGGGGUCAAUUAUCUCCAUUGUCUUAGCCCUCCUAUCGUGCAUUGGGAUCUUAAAUCUCCAAAUUUAUUGGUGGAUAAAAAUUGGACAGUAAAGGUAUGCGAUUUUGGUUUGUCCAGAUUCAAAGCGAACACUUUCAUCUCAUCGAAGUCUGUUGCUGGAACUCCUGAGUGGAUGGCUCCAGAGUUCCUUCGUGGAGAGCCCUCGAAUGAGAAGUCUGAUGUUUACAGUUUUGGAGUGAUCCUGUGGGAGCUUGUAACCAUGCAACAACCUUGGAGUGGACUUAGCCCUGCACAGGUUGUUGGAGCUGUUGCUUUCCAAAACAGAAGGCCAGCUAUCCCUCAGAAUGUCUCCCCAGUGUUGGCUUCCCUAAUUGAAUCAUGCUGGGCUGAUGAUUCUGUUCAGCGCCCAUCUUUUGCUACUAUAGUUCAAUCCCUGAAGAAGUUGCUUAAGUCUCCAGUGCAGUUAAUACAGAUGGGUGGGAACGUAACCUAGCCAGGGGGUACUCCACCCAAUGUCAC